AUGGAACGAGCUGGUAUAGAACUGAUCACAGGAAAACUUGCAAAGGUUACACUUCAGUCCACCUUGUUAGAAAAGAUUAGGGAAGGGCAGAAUGCAGACAAAAAGUUAAGUGACCUAAAGCAAGAGAUGCAGAAUGGGAAUGCCAAGGAUUUCACUAUGUUAGAUACCGGACUAUUCAGAUUCAAGGGGCGUAUUUGUGUUCCAGACAGUGAUGAGUUGAGGAAAGAGAUUCUAGCGGAAGCUCAUACUACCCCAUAUUCAGUUCACCCCGGGACCACUAAGAUGUACCACGACCUUAAGUUCGCUGAGUUGUACAUGAAUGAGAUAGUACGGCUACAUGGGACACCAUACUCUAUUGUGUGCAAUCAGGAUGCUCGGUUUACAUCAUCAUUCUGGGAGACUACCAAUCUACCAUCGGGGUGGCACCGUAUGAAAUGUUGUAUGGAAGAAAGUGUAGGUCUCCACUUCACUGGGAUGAACUGGGAGAGAGAAAAUUACUUGGAGCAACACACCAAUGAGGCUAUUCAGAAAAUCAGGGCUAGAAUGGUCACAGCUCAGAGCAGACAGAAGUCUUAUGCAGACCUAAAGCGCAAGCAUGUUGAGUUUGAAGUUGGUGAUCAUGUAUUUCUGCGUGUGACUCCAAGGAAAGGAAUCUCAGUGAAGAGGUUUGGCAAGAAGGGAAAGCUUAGUCCCAGAUAUGUCGGACCUUUUGAGAUUUUGGAUAGAGUGGGCAAUGUGGCUUACAGGGUAGCUUUACCACCAUCAUUGUCCGGGGUGCACAAUGUAUUUCAUGUGUCACAACUUCGAAAAUAUAUAUCCGACCCAUCGCAUGUGUUGAGCUACGAAACCUUGGGUUUACAGGAGGAUUUGUCAUUCGAUGAACAUCCAGUAAAAAUACUCGAUCGAAAGGACAAGGUCCUAGGGAAUAGGACUAUUUCCUUAGUGAAAGUGUUGUGGACGUUUUAA